AUGACUUUCUUCGCGCCCCAACUCCAAAUCGUCUCCGACCUGCAUCUGGAGACCCCCAUGAACAACCCACAAUACUCACACAUCAAACUCAAAGUCACUGGCAGCGCACUACUGCUACUUGGAGACAUAGGUCUAGUCCGCCACGAAGGCCUUUUCACAUUCCUCCGCAAUCUCCUCGACCAAAACCGGGGAUGCCGCAUAUUCUACGUCCUGGGCAACCAUGAAGCUUACCAAACAACUCUUGAGCGUGCCGUCGAGCGCAUGCGAGAUUUCGAAAACACCGCAAAACGAGACUACGGCGGUCGCUUCCGUCUCCUCUUUCGCGACCGCUACGAUGUCAACGAAAACGUGACGAUCCUAGGCUGCACGCUCUGGAGCGAUAUCCAGCCUGAGCAAGCCGCUGAAGUCGCGUCUAGAAUGACAGACUACAACGAAGAGCGCGGUAUACAGGACUGGACGGUGGAGAAAAGCUGCACAGAGCACGCGCGUGAUCUGGAGUGGUUGAACGCUCAAGUCCAUCAAAUCCAAGAGGACGAACCGCAUCGAAGCGUCAUCAUAGCGACACAUCACUGCCCUACCAUCGAUCCCCGCGCAACUGAUCCGAGACAUGCCUCUAGUACGAUGAACUCUGGUUUCGUGUCUGAUUUGUCGAAAGAAACAUGCUGGAUGUCACCAGCUGUGAAAGUGUGGGCGUUCGGGCAUACACAUUACAGUUGUGCGUUUCGGGAUGAAGGGACGGAUACGUUGGUUUUGUCGAACCAGAAGGGUUAUGGUGGGAUAGCGGGAGGUGUUGGAAAGGGUAAGGCGGUUAAGACGGUUGUUGUUGAGCAGAGGGGGGAUAGGUGGGAGGUUUUGGAUGUGGGUCAGGUGUCCAGAAGGAAGGAAGGAGGGAAAGACGAUGAAGGAGAGUCUGUCAUGGUAACAGCGACGUCAAACGCAACGGAAGAUACGGGUAUCGUAUCAGGUGAUCACGUUAAGCCAAAGACGGGUCUAUUCAGUCAAGCAGGCAAGCGAGUUAAAGCACUAUUUCAACAAGUGCACUCCAAGUAG